AGCAGGAAAACCAGUCAGUAAUAUCCUGUCAGUGUACCGUACCGUAGUGUGUUUAGUGUACCAACGUAAUAACAACAAAAUUAAUUGUUUACGAAUCAUUUACGAUGACGGAUUAUAUAAAAAUAUCGACAUUACUAUUAGUAAUACUCUCCACUGUUAAUGCACAAAUGAUCAAGCAAAAUUUGUGCGCCAAAAGCACAGAUACCUGUCAACUUCUCACGGAGUGUGACUUCGCCCUAAAGUUGAUAAAUAGUAUCAGAGACAACGUAUCAACCAAAGGACCUAUUAUACAAAAGUUGCAAGAAUUGCAUUGUGGAUUUAGAGGAAGAAGCCCACUGGUCUGCUGCUCAAGUACUCCAUCAGAUGGCUCCAUAGUGUACUACCAAACUGAAGAUACAGCCACAAAUCGACCAAAACCCCUAACAACGACUACUCCUAUGCCAAUGACAACGGAGCCAUCAAAAAUUGCGGUCGUGCCACCCAGCACUGUAUCAGAACUCACAGUAGAAACCGCAUCUCCAGUGGAACCCGACGUUUUCCCGGGUAGAAACAUUUGUGGGCAAUCGAUCAGCAAUGACAAAAUCAUAGGCGGCUCUAUCACUGCCAUAGACGAGUACCCGUGGAUGGCGCGAAUUAAAUACUUAGUCCAAAAUAGUGAUGGCAGCACAAAAACGAGAUAUGCAUGUUCAGCCACCCUUAUCACGGACCGUCAUCUCGUAACCGCUGCUCACUGCUUGCCUAGGAAGCAACAAGCUGUUGCCGUAAGUUUGGGAGAUUGGAACAUUGAUUCACCGGAGGAGUGCUACGGCGGAGUGUGCCCGGACCCACCCGUGGAGAUUGAGAUAGAGUCCAUCGUCAAGCAUCCGGCUUAUAAAGCGCCGAACUAUACAUUUGGUGAUAUCGCCAUUUUAAAGCUGAAACGGCCUGUCACCUUCACAGAUUUCAUACAACCCAUCUGCCUGCCUACCACGGAAUAUAUCAAGAUGCAGGACUACACACACAAUAGCGUGUAUUGGACGGCUGGCUGGGGAGUUACUGAGUUUGGUGAUGCGUCAAUGGUUAAACGGAAAGUUGACAUUGAAGCUGUGCCAAUGGACGUCUGUCGCGCUGCUUUACCCUACAUCCCAGAAUCUUCUUCACAAAGCUUGAUAUGCGCUGGGGGCCGGCAGGGCAAAGACUCUUGUUCGGGUGACUCGGGCGGUCCUCUAAUGAGGGAAGUUAAGGAGAAUUAUAAAGCGAACUGGUUUCUCUAUGGUGUAACAAGUUUUGGAAGUAAACGUUGUGGCUCAGCGGGUAUACCUGGAGUAUACACAAGGGUCACUGUGUAUAUGGACUGGAUACGCAACAUUGUUCAGACUUGAUUAAUUAUCUCUACCCAACUUGAAUGAACUUUAAAUCUAUUGUAAUUCUAACUUUAUACCAGCUUUUGACUUAUCAAAGCUGCGAAGAUUAAAAAGGACAAGAAAUUGGAUGUCCAAAUCUGAAUGUUUAUGCUAAAGAGAGAUUUCCGAUGUAAGAACGAAUGUUUCCUCGAUAGAUUUUAAUAAGUCGAAGUUUUUGAAAACUUAAGCCUUAAGAAUACGUCUAAGACAACAUAUUCUUCCGCUGUGCAACUAUAAUUGCAAAUUUUAGCAACGAAACGAAGGUAAAUAAAUGACAUGGAAUAUAAUUUACUAGAUGAAAAAAGUAUAAGUCACAACUCGAGUGAUAUUGUUGGAACUUUGAAUAAUUUGGGGUUCAUCCCUGGUUUUCAUUCAUUAAUGAAUAAUCAUGUGUAUUUAAUCUUGACACGAGAAGGUAACGGAAAAAUAGGGCUAACGUUGGUAUGGUGCUUAUUCAGUAUUAUAUAGUAGUAUUAUUGUCAUUUCUUAUUGAUGCUCUGGUACUGCCAUGUCGUUUGAGUUGAGGUGUGAACUUAUUUCAAUAUAAAAGUCUCUUGCUUAUUUCCAAAUCCAACGUUUGUUAGAUAGGACUCGAGCAAUAUUUGGUGCUUUCACACAUUGUGAGUAUACUGUCAUAUAUAAUUUAACUGUGGAAGCACGAUGGGUCUGCAUUAAGUAGUGAGAAUGAUAUAUAAUAUAAAAGUCUCUUGCUUAUUUCCAAAUCCAACGCAUGUUAGAUCGAGCAAUAUUUGGUGAUUUCACACUUCGUGACUAUACUGUCAUAUAUAAUUAAAACUGUGGAAGCACGAUGGGUCUGCAUUAAGUAGUGAGAAUGAUACUGCUUGGUAAAAAAAAGAUAUUUAUUACUCUGCGGCCUUUUAAACUGUCGAGGUAUUAUAUUAAAGGUUUCGCCAUAUAGCGGACGGGACGGCGACGCGACACUGGCGUGAAUAACCGAGUGGUUACGUACUACAGUGCCGUCGUGCAAAGCGUGACGUUCUGUUUGACGUGCUCUAUAUUAACUAGUGGAUCACGAGCAUACAAAAGUCAGACAUACCUUAUUUUAUAAAUAUACAGUAUGCUCUCAGUAUUUCCCAUAACUGUAGGGUUAUGUGCCUUAAAGAAAAUGAAUUAGAAAUGUCUUGAACUUUUUAGGUAGGCCACGCCAAGACGUGAGCAGUGAGCAGGCAGUAAGUAAUGAGCAGGCGAUUUGAUCAUCGUAGGGGAGGACUUUGACGAGAAUUUACUCGUAUGUUACCAAAAAGUUACCAUACUUAAGAGUAAGAUGUAAAAAGGAAGGUAGGAGAAAAUAUACGAGUGCGUUUGGUGCAAGCCUUCUAACGGUCGUUUUCAAUAACCUAUCUAUCCGCCAUUUCGCUUACCAAAGUUAAGAAAAUCGAUCUUUCUGUUCUAAUCUGCUUUUCAACCUUCUGGCAGAGAGUUUGACUAUGUAAAGAUAGUUUGACUGUUACUGAUAAUCGAGGAUAGCUAUCUAUCCGUAAUCUUGGGUAGAUUAUUGAGAACGGAUGUAUGACACUCGAAUCCUUUAGUUCGCAUCGUAACCAUAACGCAAUCGUGACGUCACUUGUAUUUGCAGUUAUUUGACUUGAUGAUUCACAUUUUUGUAAUGCAAAAUUCCAUAUUUCGAUUUUGCAACCGUUUAGAAGGAAAGUUACAUAUAUUUUUGGUUUAAAUAUCGGUUAUAUACUGCCCUCCAAGAUUUAUAAAUACAAUAUUUUUAAAGUAUCUUUUAUAUACUUGUUUUUAGUUUUAUUUAAAACUUAAGAGCCGAAAAGACAGUCUGUAAAAAACAUACAUAUGAUUUAUUGCAAAAUUGACACUAAGCAAUAAAGUUAAGUAAAUCAAGAUGGCAGCUAAAAAUAUACAAGGUGUCCCGUAAAUAGUACGACAUAUUCUACAGGGUGUCGGCUGACAUCAAGACCUACUGUAAUAACGCAAUAUAUGUUAGCCGAAAUUUAACGCUUAAGUAAUUUUGCAGCACACUAAUCUGCACUGAAGGUAGGGGUUUUUGUAUUUUGUACAAAAAUCAAAAUCAAUAUAACUUAAAAACCGAAAAAUUUCGGCGACAUAAUAUUGCGUUAUUUUAGUAGGUCUUGAUGUCAGCUAGCACCUUGUAAAGUAUGUCGUAAUAUUUACAGGACACCCUGUAUAUAAUAAUUUACCUUUUUUUAUUAUAUAUUAUACUUUCAGCUUUUAUAAAAUAAGGUCUAGUUUCGACAGGCUCUCUGUUUAAUGGUUAAUAUUUUAUUUUAAAAAUAAAUUAUACGUUCUUAAUUAUGUGUAAAUAAUAAUUAUCAUAAGUAUUUAUGAAUUAAUUUUAUUGUAUAAAAUAGUCGGAUACACUAAACUUUAAAUGUUAAUUUUGAUUCUAAAUUAAUAAAAGAGGAAAUAUAACUUAUAAGUCGCUCUAGCCAUGUUACAUAUCGGUUCCAUUACUACAAACGAUUCGUUACUACUUCGUUAUCGAUACGUCACGUGAUCAACCUAUCAUCGGAUACGUCACACCCAUACCUUUUCUAAUUUCCGAAGUGUUAGCUAUUGUAGAAAGAAAAUCGAUAUCAUGCCAAGAUUAUCAACACCUUGACUAGACUUUUUAUUUACAUAGUUUUUCGCCAUAGAGCACAGAAUAAUCUAUUUCUAUGUCAUAGAGUAAUAAAAAUAUUUAUUUUACUUUAUAUAAAUUGUACGUGUUUCCGACUUAAGUCGUUAAUCAGUAUUACCAGUAUUUAUACGUUUUGUAGUUGUAAGCUAAUAAGUCACGGUUAAUAAAAUAUAAGAAAUAUUUUAAAUCCAACAA